AUGACCGACAUCAGCGCCACAGCAGAAACCUUUGCGUCUGGACGUUACUCCAAGCGCAAGAGGACUCAGGUCACAUACCACCUCGAUGAGCUGGACGUCUCGGACUCAGAGUCGGACUUUGACACGCCACAAGCAAAGAAGCGUGCAGUCGCGACAAGUUCCCGCCCACUUCCCAAGCGCAAGAUCUUCCCUUUCCUGAAACUCCCUGCCGAGAUCAGAAACAUCAUCUACGAGUACACGCUCACCGACCCCUCUGGCAUCAACCUCGUCGGCGUAUUCAAGCACAAGCGCCGCAACGUAGAACGCAUAUCCGCCAAGUUGCAAGCUGAGCUCUCCGAAGGAUCCAGCUGGUCUGAUGCCCAGCGCAUGAACAACGGUAUCCGGAAGACUCAAGAAGAACCAGCGCCUCUCGUCACAUCGCUGCUCGCAGUGAAUAAGCAGAUCCACCAGGAAGGCGUCGAUAUCUUGUAUGGCAAGAACGAAUUCAUCUUCACUGAUAGCUUCGCGUUGUACAACUUCAUGAUCAACCUCGGUCCCAACCGUUCCAAAAGCCUCAAAACGCUCCGCAUACUAGGCUGGCUUCACGGCCGCGCCAUGAAAGCGUACAAUCACUCUUGCUUUGCUGCCCUCGUCUGGGCGACCAACAUCACCGCCUUCCAUAUCGAUUCCCAGAUCGGCUGGUACCGCGCCUCCAAGUACGGCGCCGACCAACUUUACCGCGAUGCGUUCCCCUGGAUGGAAGCUGUGGGUAUGGCGCAAGGCAAAGUCGACGCUGUUGUCGACAUCAUCAAGCUCGGCGAAGACCAUUUCGCCAGCCGUAAUAGCUAUCAUCGUUAUUCGUCUCAAGCGCCGAAGUCUAACGAUGAUAUGUACGAGGAGUUCACGACGGCGUUGAGGAAGUCGCUGGGAGCACAGCGACAAAGAGUCAUGGCGCCGACUAGUCAGGUGAAGAGAGUCAAGGUUGUGAAGAGAGUGGUGGACGACGAGGAGUGA